AUGAAUACCUGGAACAGUAUUCUGAGUUGACGUCUGAGUUGCGACCUUUAUAUAUACACAAUCUAUGGUUGCGACACCGCUGAGUUGAACAGGCAGUAGCAGUCCAAACUUCAUAACUCAGAAUGGAGAGCUUCGAAACUGCAGCCAACAUGGAAUUGUCAACCAACUUUUCCCAGGUUGUGUUUCAGGAAAUCCCCAACUCAUAUGUGUCAAAUGUUGCCUUGACUUGCUGCUACACUCUGACAGCAGCAAUCCAACCGAAUCCCAGAGACUGGGUGGGGAUAUUCAAGGUGGGCUGGAGCACCACAAAGGAUUAUCACACAUUUGUGUGGGUAGAACCAUCAUUGGAUCUGAUAGGACUGGAGACAGUCAGAAAACAAGUGCUUUUUACUGUUGCUGGAUAUUGGCGGAGCCUGGAACACGCUGUCAUACAUGUCGUCAUACACGUCGAUCCAGAGCAUCCCAAGUAUGCUCAAAUGGGUGACAUUUCUGCAUACUACUUGCCAAAGGAUGACUCAGCAUUCUAUCAGUUCUGCUAUGUUGAUAGCAAUGGCCAAGUUAGAGGAGCCAGCACCCCCUUCUGCUUUAAAACCCCAGGGGAACAAAGCACAGACUGCAGCCUUGAAAAUGACCUCUUGGUUAUCAUAACUCAGGAAAAGGUAGAGCAACGUGAGAGGGAGAAAGAAGAGCUGGUCAUGGAGUUGGGGCAACUGAAAGAACAAAAUGAGACUCUGAGAAAUGCUCUGAAAGAGCAACAGCAAGAGAUUGAUCACCUCAAGCUGUCAAAUGAGGAACUAUACCAGGCAGAUGGGAACACGGAGAAUAAGCAGGAGAAUGCAAGAAAGCAUGAAGAACUGACACAGAACACUAAACUAAUGGAUGACUCACACAGAGGGCAGGAGGAACAGGUGGGAAAAAGUGAGAGGGAGAAAGAAGAGCUGACCAUGGAGUUGGGGCAACUGAAAGAGCAAAAUGAGACUCUGACAUGUGCCCUAAAGGAGCUGCAGCAAGAGAUUGAUCACCUCAAGGAAUCCAAAAAGGAACUGGUACAGUUAGUGAGCAAACUGGAGCGGCAGCAACAGAAUACUAGAGAGCAUGAAGAACUGGCAAAGAAUGCCAAAUCAUUGGAUGAAUCACAGAGAGGACAGGAGUCUCUGACCCCUAUUUGUGAGAAAUAUGAAAGAGCGUUGAUCAAGAUCAAACAGCUAAAGAAAGAACGAGAGGUGUUAAGAGGAAAAGUUGAGGUCCAAAGUGUGGAGAUCGCACAGCUGAGCCCAAGGCUCAAAGAAUCUGAGCGGGAGUCACACAGACUGAAGGCUCACAUUCAGCUUUUACAGGUGGAUCUCCAGAGCAGUAAGAAAGAGAAGAAGUGUUCUGCCCUAAAGGAGCAACAGCAAGAGGAAUCCAAAGAGGAACUGUUACAGGUAGUGAGCAAACUGGAGCGGCAGCAACAGAAUACUAGAGAGCAUGAAGAACUGGCACAGAAUGCUAAAUCAAUGGAUGAAUCACAGAGAGGACAGGAGUCUCUGACAACUAUUUGUGAGAAAUAUGAACGAGCGUUGAUCACGAUCAAACAGCUGAAGAAGGAGCGAGAGGAGUUGAAAGGAAAGAUUGAGGUCCAAAGUGUGGAAAUUGCACAGCUGAGCCCAAGACUCAAAGAAUCUGAGCAGGAGUCCCACAAACUGAAGGAUCAUAUUCAGCUUCUACAGGUGGAUCUCCAGAGCAGUGAGAAGGAGAAGCUUUCUGCAGCGCUGCACAGAGUGUGUGGUGUCACACAUGAUCUACAGGACCUGAAGACUGAGAACAAGGCAUUACGUAGAAGCCUGUCAGAGCAGGAGCAGCAGCCACUGCAGAUGGUGGACAGUGAUUGGAAGGAGCAAUACCAAGCCCUUCUUGGUCAGCUGGAGGAGGCUCAGACACAGUUGCACAAGGAGUUGCAGGCUUCCAACAAUACCCGCAAACGUGCAGAGCAAGCAGAAAGGGAACUGGAGGAGCUCAAGGAGUGCAUGGAGAGCACGGCCAUGACGUCUGAUCAGACAAAGCAGGAGCGCAGCAAACUAGAGAUGCAACUUUCAGAGUUAAACGAAAUCAUUGAGGAGAAAGAAAACAUGGCAGAGAUCGCUAAAGUAGAGAAAGAGGAGUUGUCCAGAGAGAAUCAGGAUCUCAAAAGAGAUAUUGAAAGACUUCGCAAGGAAUUUGAUGACGUCCAGGCUGCUCCAGUGCCCAUGCAGUAUCCCAACCCUUAUGGCUCUUCAACUGACCCUACCCCCAAUAAGGAGCAGCAGCAAGAGGCUGACUCUCUCCACUUUGGGAACCCAUAUGAAACCCCAGGCACGGCUACAAACCUGGAGGAAGAGAGGGUCCCUGGUUCGCGCCCGGGUCGGGGCGAGGGGACGGACGUAAAGUUAAACUGUUACCUGUCCCAUAGUUGUCCUUGGAGUGUCGUCACUGCCAUGAGUCCUUCCCUGGCAUCACCCAGGACGAGCUGGAGCUGCACGAACACAGCCACAGAGCGUGCCCCUUCUGCACCCUCAUCUGUGACGGAAUGGAGCAGGCUUUAUAUGAAGACCACGUCUACAGCCAUGAGGUGUAGAGAUGCUACUUCCUCACAAACCGGAGAGUUGUUUGUGAGUUGACUACUCAUUCAAAAAAUUUAAAAAGCUGAUACUCUACUAAUUAUUUAGUAAGGGGGGAGGGCAAAUAAAUAUGGGCUAACAACCAAUCUAGGAUAUUAUAUAAAUAACAUGUUCAUUACGGUAAAUGUCCUCUUACCUGGUCAAAUAAGUUAAGAAUUAAAUGUCUGGUAAAUCCGUAGCUAAUUUAUUUAGCCUGAAAUGUAUCAUACUAUAUCAGAGAUUUGUUUGAUGGCACUUCAUUUUGGUCUUGGAGUAGAAUUUUGCCUCCAUUGCUGGGUGAUAGGAAUGUAUUGCUUUGCUAUUUAAUGGUUUCCUAUGUUUACUCCGUUAUAAUCUCUGCUGAACUGUUUACUUUGCGUAAUUACACUAUACUGACUUUCUGCCCUUAAACCUCCUGCAAAUAUGUAUACAUAACGUGUUGCAUAAUAGAGUCAAACAAUUAAUGGUCAAAUGAUGCCAUCUGAAAAUGAAAUGGUUCAAAUGGGAUUCAUGUGGGAAGCAACAAAUAAAGUUGUCUUCACAGUUGUGUUGACAUGGAAGUACACAUUGUUUUGUAUCAUGAACUGCAAUAUGCAAAGAAUUACUCUGUUUUAAUAAAAGGUCAUUGCAUAGAA